GUAUACUCCUGAGGAAAUUGAAAAGCUUAAAGAGCUGAGAAUAAAGCAUGGUAAUGAUUGGGCCACAAUAGGAGCUGCGCUGGGGAGAAGUGCUUCAUCUGUAAAAGAUCGAUGUAGAUUGAUGAAGGAUACCUGCAACACAGGAAAGUGGACAGAGAAAGAAGAAAAAAGACUAGCAGAAGUAGUGCAUGAGCUAACUAGCACAGAACCAGGUGACAUUGUCACACAAGGUGUAUCGUGGGCUGCCGUAGCGGAACGGGUUGGGACACGCUCUGAAAAGCAAUGCCGCUCUAAAUGGCUCAACUAUCUCAACUGGAAACAAAGUGGGGGCACUGAGUGGACCAAGGAAGAUGAAAUAAAUCUGAUCUUGAGGAUAGCGGAACUUGAAGUUUCUGAUGAAAAUGACAUCAAUUGGGAUUUACUAGCUGAAGGAUGGAGUAGUGUCCGCUCGCCACAGUGGCUUCGGAGUAAAUGGUGGACCAUUAAAAGGCAGAUUGCAAACCACAAAGAUGUUUCAUUCCCUGUGCUGAUAAAGGGUCUUAAACAACUCCAUGAGAACCAAAAAAACAAUCCAGGGCACCAGCUUUCGGAGAACAAAUCUGGAAGUGGAUUACCAAACACUAAUUCCAGUUCGGGAGUUCAGCACGUGCAGAUUCGAGUGGCUCGCUUAGAGGAGAGCACAGGCAACACACCAAGCCCCAUGGCAGCUUUGCAGAUUCCAGUCCAGAUUACGCAUGUCUCCUCAACCGAUUCCCCUGCUGCUACUGUUGACUCUGAGACAAUAACACUAAACAGUGGAACACUACAGACCUUUGAGAUUCUUCCAUCUUUCCAUCUCCAGCCGACUGGAACACCAGGUACAUACUUACUACAGACGAGCUCAAGCCAAGGCCUUCCUUUAACACUGACGACUAGUCCUACCAUGACCCUAACGGCUGCUGCUGCUCCAGCCUCCCCAGAACAGAUCAUAGUUCAUGCCUUAUCGCCAGAGCACUUGUUAAAUACAAGUGACAACGUCACAGUUCAGUGCCACACACCAAGUGUCAUAAUCCGCACCGUUGCUGCUGAAGAUAUCUCCUCCUCUGUCACUCAGGCGGAACUUACUGUUGAUUCAGACAUUCAGUCAGCUGACCUGACAGAUCCUCCUGAUACCCUAGAAACAAAUACUUUCCCAGAUGAUAUCCAUCAGUCCAAGCUGAGUGACGAAGAGCAGCCAGCCUACAAUGAAGAUGAUGCCUCCAAAUUCAGCAGCAUGAAUAGUAGUGAACUGAUGGAUGGAGUUAUGGUAAGAACCGAGGAGGAGAUUGCGGAUGCCAGCCUGAAACAAGAAGAGGAUUCUCACUCUGAUUUACCCAGCGCUUACGUUACUGAAGACCUGGGUUCUCCAACAAUAGAAGAACAAGUUGAUCAGCCUACAAUAGACGAUGAGACUGUGCUUAUUGUUCCUUCUUCGCAUAGUUUUAUCCAGACAACGGAUGACAUAGACAGCGAAUCAGUCUUGCCCCUGACAACCCUAACAGAUCCUAUCCUGCAGCAUCACGGAGAUGGGUCACACAUUAUUGGCUCAUCAUUGGGCAGUCCUGAUUCAGAAGAUUCAAAGGAUGUUGAAGAUUUAGUGAGCUGUCACUGAGAAGCAGUCAUCGUGUCCAUUUUCUAUUGACCGUUUUUGCAUUGUGAAAUUAGUUACAACUCUGUGCCACACUUCCAAAGAAAGCAGUCAGUCCGUGUCUUUAAACAGAAACUUCCAGUUUAAAAUGACUACAGUGCACUUUCUCUGCUCAGGCUAUUUACCUCAUUUGUAAAGGGUUAGAGAGCAGCCAACAGAGGCCUGAUGUACUACGUCUCAGCCGGGGUGUUUCGGUGUUUUAAAGAACCUCUGUUGCAGUGCUCACUGCUAGGAUCCACGUGGUCAAUUCUGAUCUGACUGGUUACUGGUGUGCUGAGCUGCACAUCUGGAAAACUGGACAGCAGUCAAGGAUUGUGGACUGUAGCCUCUUAGUGCCGCAGCAAGAAUUAGUUUGCACGUUUCAUGAAGAAUGGGUGAGGAUUUCUGCACUUACUGACUCUUGUAAUACAUGGAGUAAGAGACUGUUACAUUUCAGGAAGAAAUGUAUUCCAUCAAAGACUUCAGGGAGCAUGGGCAGCAUCAUGAAGACAUGGUCUGUAUUCCCAUCUCAUCUGGCUUGUUAGUACGUCUACGGCAUAGGAAGAAGACACACACGCUUACGGGACUUGCCUGGUCUGCUUGUUCCUGAGGAGUCCGUUGCUGGCAACGGAUAUAGCUCAGAAAGAUCACUUGUGGAAAAUCUUUUUUUUUUUUUCUUCUUUUUUUCCUUUUCCUUCAUCACUACAGCAAGCUGAAUAAAAAGGGAAGGGCUAUGAGAAAGGGAAGCUACUAGGACCCACUAGCCUCCCCCCACAAGCUUGUAACUUCUUUGAAGAUUGUUUGUGAGUAGGCUGGAACAUUUGUCUCUCUUACAGUUUACAUGACACUACCAGCCACCUCUCCAGAGGUGAUUUAUGCAGCGAGUUAGUAGAUGGGGGAGUGGCGUGGAGGUGGCAAAGUCUUGGAGAAAAAGGUCUGUGAGAAUUUGGGCAUAGAGCCCCGAGGCAAAGGGAGCCAAUUAAUUCCUACGUUCAAGGGUUUGAAACAGACACUAGGCUGAGCAGCAGCCUGUUAGCUAGGGAUUGAGAGAAAAAGCUAUAGAAACUAAAGACUCAUGUAUAAAUUAUUUUAUUUAUUUCUGUAAUUAGCUCUUCAUAAUCAAGAGUUGGUCUUUUUCAGUCUGUGGUUUUGUUAAUGUGAAAAAUAAGUUGUAGUUUUAAAUGGUUGCCUAGGGAACAGAAAUAAUUGUAUAUUCAGUUUAAACGAAAUAAAGAGUAUUUGUCUUACGUAA